CCAUUUAUUUUAUUUAUUAUUUUUCAAGUGCAAAGUGUUUACAUUUCUUCUUAUUAUUAUUAUCAGAUCAGUCGGAGUAGUUUUUGCUGAUUAGGAAGAGAGAUGAAGAAUGAAACCCACCUCAGACCCCCUAAUUUCUUUCAUAUUUUCAAGCUUUGAUUCAUACCCGCUAAUAAAUUCGCCUUCUUUUAUAUCCUCGUAACUUCGUUUCUUCUCCUCGAGUCAUCCAUUUUUAGAAAAGUUUGUUUUGCUUUUAUCUCUUUAAUUGCAGAACAAAAAAAAAUCUGUUAUCUGGGCUUUGGCUUUCUUUCUUUUUUAAUUCUUUUAAAGCUUUCACUUAAUUCUGGAUUUUUGAAGAUAAUUCCAUUUUCAUUUUUUUAAUAUUUUUUAUAAUUAUAAUAAUAUGAAAAAGGAACUGUCGUAGCCAUAUUCAAAUGUGAGACCUUUUUUCUGUGUCUUGUUUGCAACUCUUCCUCUCAUCAAUUUCUUUAAAUAAAACCCAUUUGGGAUUUCUUCAAAUUUCCAAGCUUGCAAGCUUAAAAAAAUUUACCUUUUCAUGUUUCAAAGCUUGUGGUUUUUUCUCAUUUUUGAUAAAGCCCUUAUAACCCAUAUUUUCUUUUCUCUUGACCUAUAAGAAAAAAUGUUUGGUACUCAAAGCAAAAGGGACCUUGCCUUGGAAUUGCAAGCACAAUUUCCAAUCUUAAGGCCAAGCAUUCAUGCAAGAAGGGCAAACCUAACAGUGAAAUUCCAAGACCUUUAUGGGUUCACAGUAGAAGGCAAUGUGGAUGAUGUUAAUGUGUUGAAUGAGGUAAGAGAAAAGGUAAGGCAACAAGGGCGUGUUUGGUGGGCACUUGAAGCAAGCAAAGGAGCCAAUUGGUAUUUGCAGCCACAGUUUUCUUCAUUAUCUGAAGGAAUUGCGUUGAAAUCUUCACUCAAAUUUUCAGCUUUGGCUAAUGCUAUUACAUUGAAGAAGCUUAUUAGGAAAGGUAUUCCCCCUGUGCUUAGGCCUAAGGUUUGGUUUUCGCUUUCGGGUGCCGCCAAGAAGAAGUCUACGGUACCUGAAAGCUAUUAUAAUGAUUUGACAAAGGCGGUAGAGGGUAAGGUCACACCUGCUACACGGCAGAUUGAUCAUGACCUUCCACGAACCUUCCCUGGUCACCCAUGGUUGGACACCCCAGAGGGCCAUGCAGCUCUCCGGCGUGUGCUUGUUGGUUAUUCUUUUCGUGAUUCUGAUGUGGGCUACUGUCAGGGCUUAAAUUAUGUUGCAGCAUUGUUAUUGCUUGUUAUGAAAACAGAGGAAGAUGCAUUUUGGAUGCUUGCAGUCCUCCUUGAAAAUGUUUUAGUCAGUGACUGCUAUACAAAUAACUUAUCUGGAUGCCAUGUUGAGCAAAGGGUUUUUAAAGAUUUACUUGCUAAGAAGUGCCCAAGGAUUGCAGCUCAUUUGGAAGCGCUGGAGUUUGAUGUCUCCCUUGUUGCUACUGAGUGGUUCCUGUGUCUUUUUUCUAAAAGCUUGCCUUCAGAGACAACUCUGCGGGUGUGGGAUGUCCUUUUCUAUGAGGGGGCAAAGGUUCUUUUUCAUGCAGCUUUGGCUAUAUUUAAGAUGAAGGAAGAAGAGUUGCUGCUAACACAUCAGGUUGGUGACGUUAUUAAUAUAUUACAGAGAACUACCCAUCACCUAUUUGAACCUGAUGAUUUAUUGACAGUUGCAUUUGAUAAGAUCGGUUUUAUGACGACAAACACGAUAUCAAAGCAAAGGAAAAAGCAAGAACCGGAAGUAAUGAAAGAGCUUGAUCAGAGAUUGAGAAGACUAAACUCUCUCAGAGAGGAUGACAAGUAACUAUUGUUGUGAGAAGACCAAGUUGUAGGUCAAACAUCCAACACUAGACCCGUUGCCCGUGUGUGGAAGAAUAUGAAAUUAAUGCCUGAUAAAGUGUAGAUUUUCUGCCAGGGACCAGGUAAAGAGUGUUUGUUUUCUUCCAGGAUGUUGUAGGUGAUAAAAUGUAAAUUUUGAAUCCAUACAGUCUACGCAGCUGAUGCUAUAUUAAUGUAGUCUAUUUUAAUGUAGGUUGGCUCACAAGAAAUGUUAGGUGAAAUUUUAUUCUA